AUGGAGUUGAAAAAGGAAAACUGUGAAAUAACCAUAGAUAUGCUCCUUAUAGUUCACUCCGAGAAGAGACGGACUGUGCAGAGAGACAGACAGACGGAUCCUGCUGCUUCGCUGCAAUGCCGAGGGGGCUUCCAGGGAAUCGGAAAUGGAAACCGAAGACGGCAGAAAUUUGAAGGAAAGGAUCUUCACGGAAAUGUGGCCCAGACGCAGCACCAGCAGCAGACACAAGUCAUCACGUCCUAUGACAACCAAGGAACUCACCUAACUGUGGAGAUACACCCCCGAAACAAAACACCACAGCUCCUGAAGAAAUUCUCCUUUGACAAACGUUUUCAAGGCGAUAGGAAUGGAAACACAAGACCACAACAGCCAGGAGGGAAAGAUGCCCAUGCUUAUCCCUGGGAUCGGUCUAGUCUGAAAUCCAUGUCCUUAGACCUAAGACAGUUUGAAAAACUGGAUGCAUACGCCUCCAAGGUGAAUGUCAAGUCUAGUUUGGAAGAACUUGUGAAAGACUUGCUCCAGGAAGCUCAUACAGAUCUGGAGAAAGUCAGAGCCAUUUGGAUAUGGAUAUGCCACCACAUAGAGUACGAUAUUGUGGCUGCCCAGGAGAAGGACCGCCGGUCCUACAAGCCCACUGACAUCCUACAGAGCCAGAAGAGCAACUGUGAUGGGUAUGCGGAACUCUUUGAGAAAAUGUGCAGGAUUGCAGGGGUGCAUUGCAUGACAGUGGCCGGAUAUUCCAAGGGCUAUGGCUACCAAACUGGACAGAGCUUUUCGGGGGAAUAUGACCAUGCCUGGAACGCUGUUUACCUGGAAGGAAGAUGGCAUCUAUUGGACAGCACUUGGGGAAGUGGCUUGGUGGAUCCUGCUACCACCAAAUUUACCUUCAUAUACAAUGAAUUUUAUUUCCUCACCCACCCUGCCCUGUUCAUCGAGGACCACUUCCCAGACAACAAGAACUGGCAACUCCUGAAACCUGUCCAGUCUCUGAGACAAUUUGAGACCAACAUGUACCACAAGAGUGAAUUUUACAACAAAGGAAUGCUGGCAGCACACCCCGAGACAUCAGUCAUCAAGACAGUAAAUGGAAAAGCCACCAUUUCCAUUGAGAGCUGUUCUCCAACACUCUUCAUGUUCAUGCUCAAUGGAAAACAGGAAAAUGGUAUAAUGACUUUCAAGAAGAAUGGGAUGAAGCUGGAGGUGUACCCCCAGACCACUGGUACCCACAAGUUACAGAUCUUUGCUAAAGGCACCUCAGACCUCUACAGCUCUGUGCUGGAAUAUACUCUGGAGUGCAACUCAGUGGACAGGAGCAUCCAGCUUCCUUCUGAACUCCACCAGCCUGUGGGCCCCAGCUGGUUCUCUGAGCAGGCAGGCAUUCUGAAGCCUUCACACCCUGAUCCCAUCAUCCAUACCAAGGAUGGGCGCUGCUCCAUCAGCUUUGGGGUGGAGGAGGGCAUCAGUGUCUUAGCCUCAUUACAUGGCGAUGAAAAAAUAACCGAGGAGACACAACGACGUUACAUCUUCCAGCUCCAUGGGGAAAAGAGAACAGAGCUGAAAGUCCAACUCCCUUAUGCAGGGAAGUUUGCCCUGAAAAUCUUUGCCAAGAAGAGGUUGGAUCCAGGUAACUAUGUCUUCAUCUUCAAUUACCUCCUCUGUUGCUCUAAUACUAAAGUGAAAUGGCCCGUGUUCCCAGAGAGUUUUGGCAACUGGGGUCAGGACAAUGAGCUUCUGGAGCCUCUGUCUGGGGUGCUGCCAGCCAACCGGAAUAUCCCAUUCAAACUGAAGCUCCAUGGGGUAGCAGAAGCAUUAGUGAAAGGGCAGGACACAUGGCCUCUGACGCUGAGCCAGGAUGGCUACUGGGAGGGCACCUGUAACACUGCCGGCUGCCGAGAGGUUUACGUCAUGGUCUUGGAGAAUGCCAACCAUAACUUCUACUCCUACAUCCUGAAAUACAAAGUGACGGCCCAAUGACAAUCCUUGAUCCCCCUCUACUCCUUUUUGGAUGGACAUUUCUCAUUUUUCCAACUCAGCCAAGUUAGAAUAGUAGGCUGAGAAGAGAAAGAAGGAGAGAGAGAGAAGGAAGGGAGAGGAGAAAAAAUGAGGGAG